AUGAUGAACGGCUAUGAGAAACACGAGCUGGGCGAGGACCCUUUUGCUCCGAAGAGCGGCGGCAUCGUCAGCGCCUUUGAUGCUUUCCCUAAAUCGAAACCGCAAUAUGUGCAGCGGACAUCGGGCGGCGGCAAGUGGACUGUCGCUAUGGUCGUGGUGUCACUGGUGCUGUUCUGGUCGGAGCUGGGGCGGUGGUGGCGAGGCACCGAGAUGCACACGUUCGCGGUCGAGAAGGGCGUGUCGCGCGCCAUGAACAUCAACCUGGACGUGGUGGUGCGCAUGAAGUGCGCGGACCUGCACGUCAACGUGCAAGACGCGGCCGGCGACCACAUCCUGGCGGCGACACGGCUGACGCGCGACGCGACCAACUGGUCGCAGUGGGUCGACGGCAAGGGCAUGCACAAGCUGGGCCGCGACCAGCACGGCCGCCUCAUCACGGGCGAGGGCUGGGCCUCCUCGGGCGGCGCCGCCGGCGGCCACGACGAGGGCUUCGGCGAGGAGCACAUUCACGACAUUGUCGCGCUGGGCCGCCGCAAGGCCCGCUGGGGCAAGACCCCGCGCCUCUGGGGUGCCGAGGGCGACAGCUGCCGCAUCUUCGGCAGCCUCGAGCUCAACAAGGUCCAGGGCGACUUCCACAUCACGGCCCGCGGACACGGCUACGGAGGCGCGCACGUCGAGCACAGCACUUUCAACUUCUCGCACAUCGUGUCGGAGCUCUCAUUCGGGCCGUUCCUGCCGUCGCUGGUCAACCCGCUGGACCGGACGGUCAACACGGCUUCGGCCAACUUCCACAAGUUCCAGUACUUCAUCUCUGUGGUGCCGACGACGUACAGCGUGGGGCACCCGGAGCAGCUGGGGUCGUCGUCCAUCUUCACCAACCAGUACGCCGUGACGGAGCAGAGCGGCGAGGUCAACGACCGCACCAUCCCGGGCAUCUUCGUCAAGUACGACAUCGAGCCCAUCCUGCUCAACAUUGUCGAGUCGCGCGACGGCUUCCUCGUCUUCCUCAUCAAGAUCAUCAACGUCCUCAGCGGCGCCCUCGUCGCCGGCCACUGGGGCUACCGCCUCAGCGACUGGCUGGCCGACGUCGUCGGCAAGCGCCGCCGCGGCGGCCGCAGCGAGGGCAUGCUGGGGUCGUCAAAGGCGGGCUACGAAGACUAG